AUGACAUCGUUUGGUGCAACUAUAAACGAUUCUAUUAACGAUGGAUCCGGUCCAUAUGUUUUUAGAAUCGAAGGCCAAAUACAUCAUUGGCUUGGGACAAUGUGUCCGCCUGAUAACGAAAAACCACGGUUCCUACAAAUGUACAUCUACGACACCGACAACGAGUUGCGUAACAGACUUCGUUUCUUUUCGGACCCACAUCAUAUAGGCGUCGACCAAGACAUAGUAGCUUCAUUGAUUCAUAUAUUAGAUACUCACAAUGAAUUGGUCAAACUUUUCCGUUCAGCCAGAGAUUUGUGUCAUGCGGAUAAUGUCCCUUAUUUCUCUAUUCAAUUGUACAACUCAUACAAUAAAAUAUGCUAUGAUACUCCGGUUGAGGGUUCUAUAUGCUAUGAUACUUUUGGCAGCGUUGUCGCAGAUCUUUAUACAGUUGAGUUUCAAAAAAGAGGGCUGCCUCAUUGUCAUUUGCUGUUGUGGGUAGCAGAAAGUGACAAGGUAAGAAACGCUGAAGACGUAGACGCUUACAUUAGUGCAGAAAUCCCUGACCCUGCAGAUAACCCUCUCCUGUACAAAAUUGUGACUAAUAUAAUGAUGCAUGGUCCAUGCGGAAUACUAAGACCAGAAGCUUCCUGUACGUUUGAAAGCACCUGCUCCAAGAAAUUUCCAAAACCUUAUCAUCAUACAACAUUUUUCGAUAAAAAUGGCUACGUACAUUACAAAAGACCAUCUUCCGGCAGAUUUGUCAUCAAAAAUGGCAUUCCAUUAGAUAACUCUUUUGUAGUACCAUACAAUAAAAUGUUACUGCUACGUUUUCGUGCACACAUUAAUGUCGAAUACUGUGGAUGGAACAUGCUGAUAAAAUACCUAUUCAAGUACAUAUCAAAGGGCGCUGAUCGUGUACGCUUUAGAAUAUCUAAGCCUAUCGAUCCGUCAAUAUCUGAACAACAAAAUGCAACCCGUAUCGUCGAUGAGAUCUCUGAUUUUACAGACACACGAUUUAUUUGUCCUCACGAAGCCGCUUGGCGUCUAUUAAAUUUUAGUAUUCAUGCUGGACACCCAGCUGUGCAGACACUAGCAGUUCAUCAAGAGGAAAUGCAAAACAUCUAUUUCAAAGACAAUGAACCUCUACAUAAGUUGUUACACAAUCAGUUUGCCAAAAGAACGACAUUAACUGAAUGGUUACGGAAUAACGCCAUUGAUUCUUCAGGAAGACAUCUACGUUAUGUCGAUUAUCUAAAGGAAUUUCGUUGGGAUGGCACUUCUAAAUGUUGGACAUGUCGUACUAACAACUUAGAACACGCAACAAUUGGUAGAUUGGUUUACAUAUACCCAAACUGUGGAGAGACUUUCUAUUUGCGGUUAUUGCUUACCCAUCAAACGGGCUGUACCUCAUUUGCAGACAUAAAAAGAGUAGCAGGUGAGGUUUGCCCUACAUAUCGUGUUGCAUGUGAGAGACUUGGACUACUUGGAGACGAUAAAGAGUGGGACUUCGCUUUUACAGAAGCAGCUGCGUGGGCUACACCUUCAGAAUUAAGAUUUUUGUUUACGCAUAUGUUGCUUUUUUGUGACGUAUCAAAUCCUAUGGAGUUCUGGGAAAAUCAAUGGACUAAAAUGGGCGACCUUCAACAUAAAUACCAAUUGGUGAAUGAAGAUGACCUGAAACAAUAUGUUCUAUACGAGCUUCAGUUGUUGUUCAAUUCAGGAGCCACAAAUGCAUCAUUAGCAGAUUUCGGGUUACCGUUGCCUCCAGCAGAUUUUCUUUUAUGUUUAAGAAACCGUUUAUUGAUGGAGGAGAAAAAUUAUGACAGAGAACAACUGUCAAAGGAGCAUAAUCUGCAAAGACAAAGACUUCAUCCUCAACAAUUGCUUAUAUACAACGAGGUAAUAGGUGGAAUCACACAACAAUCUCAAGUUCUCAUAUUUGUCUACGGCCAUGGUGGUACAGGCAAAACAUUUUUGUGGAACACUAUCAUUGCAGGCUUACGUUCUCAGGGCAAGAUCGUUUUAGCAGUUGCUGCUUCUGGAAUUUUGUUAGCCAAAACUUCUCUUAUAAUCUGGGAUGAGGCACCUACGAGUGAUCGUCGUUGCUUUGAAUCACUUGAUAGGUCACUUCGAGACAUUCUUAAUUGUCGAGACUGUCCAUUUGGAGGGAAAUCGGUUCUUCUAGGUGGAGACUUUCGUCAGACGCUGCCUAUAAUUCCAGGCGCUUCUAAAUCUACCAUCCUAGAUUCUUUUCUACCGCGUUCAUAUCUAUGGCCAUCUUUCAAAGUAUACAAGUUAACAGAAAACAUUCGCCUUCUUUCUCACUUUUCCUCUCCAAAUUCAUUCGCCGCUACUAUUGCCUUCUCAACGUGGCUUCUUGACAUUGGCGAUGGUAACAUUGGGAGGUUGGAUGCUACAAGUUCAUUCGAUACGAAGAUUGUUGAAGUUCCACCCAAAUUUAGGAUACCUUUCAGUAAUAACGCUAUUCAUGAUCUUAUUGAAUUCAUAUACGAUGACGAUUACCUCAAAAACAUUCGGCCAGAAACUCUUUCUCAAAAGGCAAUUGUCUGUCCCAAAAAUGAUACUGUUAAUGAAAUUAAUGAUUUGAUACUUCUCAAAGCUCCAGGAGAUAGCAAAGUCUACCUUAGCACUGAUUCAAUUACUCCCCAUGUUGGCUGUCAAUCAGAUACUGAAGCUUUAUACCCACCAGAAUAUUUAAAUAUGCUUGAGUUUAGUGGUCUCCCCGCUCACCGACUUAAGUUAAAAGUUCAUUCUCCUGUUAUUCUUUUAAGAAACAUCAAUGGUACUAGAUUAAUCGUUACACACUUAUUACCAAGGGUCAUCGAAGCACAAGUAAUAACCGGUAAAGCUAUUGGACAUCGUGUUUACAUACCCAGAAUUUCUUUAACAUAUACUGACAAGAAGCUCCCCUUCACUCAUAAAAGAAAACAGUUCCCAUUACAGCUUUGUUACGCAAUGACCAUUAACAAAAGCCAAGGUCAAUCUCUUAACAAGAUUGGAGUUUACUUACCACAACCUGUCUUUGGCCACGAUCAGCUAUAUGUUGCCUUUUUAUGA